CAAAUACAAUUUUGCAAAACUAGAUUUGUAUUUAUUUUUCUGACAAGAAAGUCAAAGCAUGGCUUUUUUGGCGUGUCAGAAGAGUGUUUUAUAUAAUGAACUAUGGGGCUGGAUGAUCAAGAGAGGAAUACAGACGACUUCAUGUCAGUGUAAAAAUAUACGGACAGGCAUUCCCAAAACUACCCCAUUCAAAAAUAAACCUUUAUCUUACGAAGAAGCUCAGCCGCCUUAUAGAAUAGGAGUCACCAAAGCCUGGAAUUCAUGGAAUACAAGUAAUCUACAAGAUGAAGAGAGUACAGGUGAAACUACGAUUGACGAUAUGUUUAUACGUAGAUUUAUCAAAGGAACAUUUCAUUAUCUCUUGGCAUCGGAGGUUAUCAUAAAACGCCGCCAUAACAUGAUUACAAUAUGUGGGUUACUUCUCGGCAGUUAUCAGCAGCGUAUGUCACAUGAUCCGAAAAAAUACUACUUCUUGAUUGGUUACACAGAAGAACUAUUAUCACAUUUUUUAAAGUGUCCCGUCAAGAUGGAGUUUUCAGUCGUAACUGAUAAAAAUGACUUGGUGUUCAAGAAAAUAUAAUCGCGAUCUGUUUAGUUAUUAUAAUAUUUAUAUCAGGCAAGGGCGUUGAUUUAGGGGGGGACGGGGGGGGGGGGGGGGCGGUUCCCCCCCUUAGAAUCGAAAGGGGGGACGAAUAGGUCUCUGUCCCCCCCCCCCCCCCCAUGAUUUUGAUUGCCAGGUCUGAUUUUCAUGUUUAUAUCCACAUGAAUGUCCCGUUCUGAAGGCUAUCUAACCACUGCCUUGGGUCUCGCCACAGUAAUUCAUCUUCAUGAUAUCUUCCUCCUUAAUUGUAGGUAGUCAAUUUUACCAUAUCGUCAUCAUAUUACCCCUAGUUACAGCUUUCAUUGAAAUAACACUGGUAAACUGUUCGUAAUUAUUAUUUUGAUUUGGUAAUGAAAGGUUCCAGGGUUCGUCCGUCCCCCCCAAAAGUUAUGACAAAUCCACGCCCUUGAUGUCAGGUGAUGAGAGAUUCUUGGAAAACCAUAGGGGAACACUGACAAUCAAGUGAAAAAGGCGAUUUCGGGCUACAACGCAUGCGCUGACUGUAGAAGAAAAUAUUUCAACCAAGCAUGACAGCUGAAACAUAUUUGUUUUGUUUAAUUACGUCAUGAUUCUACUCGCACCACCUCAGUUGUCGAGACUGACAGAACUGUCACAGGAUUGAAUUCUGUGUCACUCAAUUGCAAUUCGGGAUGUUAUGAACUGACCAUAGUGUCUCGACAUGUCUUGGAAAAUGAUCAGCAACAUAACCAUAAUAGUAUUAGCCCGUUUAACAUAUGCAAUCUGCGUCCACUUUGCUCAGAAUAAAGUAAUGUGACUGAAAUUUUCGAUAUAUUCAUUUAUUUAAAUCUUACAUAAUGCAUCUUUACUGAGUGUCAUGUAUAUGUGUAACAUGGACGGGAAAUCUUCCUUUGUUCUUAUUUCUUUCUCAUUUUGUGUGGGGAGGGGGUGGAUGGCCGAAUGAUUAGCGUGUGCGUGCUGUAUCAUAAGGCCUGUCAUUGAGUCAACUGGUGUGGUUUCGAAUUUCCUCCCACUGUUAAAGACCCUUACGCGCAAGCGAAUUAUUUAAAUAAAAUUAAAUAUUUUAGUCCUGAAAUGACCUAGUCUGUGUCGAGUGGACAUUAAACCCCAUUUCUCUCUUGGCCAAAUUUUUUAUUUAAGGCAUGGUUUUCCAUCUUUAGUCGCAGUUUUGAUGUGUAUGUACUAAAAGUGAAUAAAUUUUAUAUUUUACCUGG